ACUGAGCUCUCCUCUCCGUUAAAGCAGCGAGGCGCUGACACGCCCCAAACGCUAGAAGCUCAGGCUGCGCCGACCAUCGAGACGUAACGUCAGCCUCCGCCGGGAAAGUGUACGGCGUUUCAGCGAGGUGCACCCACAGCCGUGGUCAGGACUGCACCUCCCUCGGCAUCCGCCGCUCCUCCCCGAUUUCUGUCUCCAGGCUUGUCAGGCGCCUUCCUUGCCUUUGCUUCUCUUCCGUCGCGGCUGCAAUGGCGGGUUUAACCAGGCCGCUGUCCGGGCGCGUGUGCAUGGUGACCGGCGCCUCGCGGGGCAUCGGGAAGGGCAUCGCACUGCAGCUGUCGGAGGCAGGCGCCACCGUGUACAUUACCGCCCGGCGUCGGGAGCCUCUGGAGCGAGCGGCGGCCGAGGUGCAAGGCCGCGGCGGGAAAUGCGUGCCGGUGGUGUGCGACUCUUCCCGGGAAGAAGAAGUGGCGGCGCUGUUCGAGCGCGUCCGCAAGGAGCAGGGCGGCCGCUUGGACGUCUUGGUCAACAACGCUUUCUCGGCGGUGGGCGCUCUCACCGAAGAGAUGGGCUUGCCCUUCUGGGAGAGCUCCACUGCGCUGUGGGACGAGGUCAACAAUGCAGGCCUGAGAGGCCACUACAUCUGCACCGUCUACGCUGCCCGGCUCAUGGUGCCCGCCGGGCAAGGGCUCAUUGUCAUCAUCUCCUCGCCUGGGGGGAUGCGGUAUAUGUUCGACGUCCCAUACGGAGUGGGCAAGGCUGCCUGUGAUCGCAUGGCCGCAGACUGCGCUGCUGAGCUGCGCUUCUUCGGGGUGGCCUGUGUGGCCCUGUGGCCAGGCCUGGUUCGGACUGAAAACUUGCAAGAAGCAGCGGAGAAGAAAUCCACGCCAGUUUUCAAGAAGCUAAAGGAGAAAUUGGCCGUCAUGGGAGAGACCCCUGAAGUGAGCGGAAAGUGUGUGGUUGGGCUGGCCUCUGACCCACGUGUCAUGCGCCACAGUGGUAAGGUUCUGCUCUCUCCAGAUCUUGCCCGCCUUUACCAGUUCAAGGAUGUGGAUGGGAGAGAUGUCUUCAACUAUAUUUCAGUCCGGGAAGUCCUCACAGAACUGAUGCCUAAACUAUCUGGCCUCUUCCGUCUCAUUCCUCGAUUUAUCACAUUGCCUAAGUGGGCUCUUGCUCUGUAUUCCAGUAAGUUUACAGUGUACCCGCCCAUUCAGCCUAUUAUUUUUAAAUCAACAAAAAAAGAGUGAUAUUGACAUACCAAAUUCUGUUGAUGUUAUACUGAAAUUUUCUGAUCAUUCAAAAUUCUAUUUUGCCAUUUUCCUGCUUGGUAGAUUAGCUUACAAACACACACACACACACACACACACACACAAGUGCUGUGAAGGAGAUUCCAAGUUUGAAAGCAGAAAUGUUUUGGAUUUGUUCUUCUGAAAGUAAAGGUUUAUUGCAAGGAUGAUUCGCUUCAGCAAUAGAUCCUCUUUGUGCAGUAGCUUCUUCAAGUUUCCUUUGUUCAAUUGUUAGCUCAAAUCCUAGGGCAUAUCAUGUAUUUCAGAUGUGACCACCAGUUGGAAUUACUCAACUAUUAAAUAUUUGCUUUGACAGGAUUUCUAGUACCUGGAAA